AUGACUUCGAUCGGGACUGGCUACGAUCUCUCUGCAAGCACAUACUCUCCAGACGGACGCAUAUUUCAGGUCGAGUAUGCAAACAAGGCCGUCGAGAACGCUGGAACUGCAAUAGGGCUACGCGUCAAAGAUGGUGUCGUACUUGCGGUGGAGAAGAUUAUACACUCCAAGCUGCUCAUGCCCGAGUCAAAUAAGCGCAUUCUGACUAUAGAUCGUCACAUUGGAUACACAUCAAGUGGGCUAUUGGCAGACGGCAGGCAACUUGCGAACAGGGCGCGUGAAGAGGCUCAAUCUUCGAGGGAUUUCUACAGGGAGCCUCCGACUCUCAAGGCGAUUGUCAAUCGGCUAAUUCGUCCGUUUGGAUGCACGUCUCUCCUCGCUGCUGUCGACAAGCACGGUCCUGGCCUGUAUGUGAUUGAGCCUAGUGGCAUCAGUCUUGGAUACCAUGGUGCUGCUGUCGGCAAAGGUCGUCAGCUCGCAAAGACCGAACUGGAAAAGCUCAAGCUUAGCGAGCUGAGUAUGCGAGAGGCCGUCUUUGAAGCCGCUCGAAUAAUCCAUCUCGUUCAUGACGAUGCAAAGGAAAAGGACUUUGAGCUGGAGAUGUCGUGGAUCGGGUCGGAGACGAACAAUGUCCAUCUACCCGUACCAAAGGACCUGUUCCUAGAGGCGGAUAGAAAAGCGAGGGAGGCCUUAGAAGAAGAUAUGGAGGACUAA